UUGAGUUUGCUUUCUGGGUUUUGCUUUUUGUUGGAAAAGAAAAUUUGGGUUGUGUUAAAGUUGGGAUUUUGAGGGAGUUUUGCAUUGAUCGGAGGCUCGCCGGAGAAGAAAGAAGAAGCUAAGGCAUGGCCGGAGGAGGAGCGGCGCCGCCGCCAAAACAGGAUGAUAAUCAGCCACACCCGGUUAGAGAUCAGCUGCCCAAUGUUUCUUACUGCAUUACCAGCCCCCCUCCUUGGCCUGAGGCAAUUUUACUUGGGUUUCAACACUACAUUGUGAUGCUUGGCACAACUGUACUCAUUCCAUCCUCUCUGGUUCCCCAGAUGGGGGGAGGAAAGGAAGAGAAGGCAAAGGUGAUUCAGACACUGCUUUUUGUUGCUGGUUUGAACACAUUAACUCAAUCCUUGUUUGGCACCCGCUUGCCAGCCGUCAUUGGAGGCUCUUACACUUUUGUGCCUGCCUCGCUUUCAAUCAUCUUGGCUGGUAGAUAUAGCGACAUUGCAGAUCCACAGGAGAAGUUUGAGAAGACAAUGAGAGCAAUUCAGGGUGCAGUCAUAGUGGCUUCAACUCUUCAGAUCAUCCUUGGCUUCAGUGGCCUGUGGCGCAAUGUCAUAAGGUUCAUUAGUCCCCUCUCCGCCGCUCCCCUGGUGGCUCUCUCAGGAUUUGGGCUCUAUGAAAUAGGAUUUCCUCUGGUUGCAAAGUGUGUGGAAAUUGGACUGCCACUACUCAUUGUUCUUGUAAUCUUUUCACAGUAUAUACCACACAUGAUGAAAGGAAACGAGCAUCUUUUUGGCCGGUUUGCUGUGCUAUUCUCUGUUGUGAUUGUGUGGGUAUAUGCUCACUUGCUCACUGUGGGGGGAGCAUACAGGAAUGCACCAAUGAAGACUCAAAUGAGUUGCAGAACGGAUCGCGCUGGGAUCGUCUCUGCUGCUCCAUGGAUAAGUAUUCCAUAUCCAUUUCAGUGGGGUGCACCAACAUUUGAUGCUGGGGAAUCAUUUGCAAUGAUGGCAACAUCAUUUGUGGCUCUUGUUGAGUCCACUGGUGCAUUCUACGCGGUGUCUAGAUAUGCUAGCGCGACUCCAAUCCCGCCUUCUGUUCUUAGCCGAGGCGUUGGAUGGCAGGGUGUGGCUAUUCUGCUCUCUGGACUGUUUGGAACUGGAAAUGGUUCAUCUGUUUCUGUAGAAAACGCUGGUUUGCUGGCCUUGACUCGAGUGGGAAGCCGGAGAGUGGUGCAAAUAUCCGCUGGUUUCAUGAUAUUCUUUUCAAUACUUGGGAAAUUUGGAGCAGUUUUUGCUUCAAUUCCACCACCCAUCAUUGCAGCUUUGUAUUGCUUAUUCUUUGCUUAUGUUGGUUGUGCAGGCCUAAGCUUCCUCCAAUUCUGCAACUUGAACAGUUUCAGAACAAAAUUCAUUAUUGGGUUCUCAGUUUUCUUAGGCUUAUCCAUACCACAAUACUUUAAUGAACACUUGGCAGUGAAUGGAUAUGGCCCAGUCCACACCAAAGCAAAAUGGUUCAAUGAUAUGAUCAAUGUUCCAUUCUCAUCUGAGGCAUUUGUUGCUGGGCUGCUGGCACUAUUUCUGGACAUCACAAUGCACAAAAAAGACAGUGCUAGUAGGAAGGACAGAGGCAUGAGCUGGUGGGAUAAAUUCAGGUCAUUCAAAACUGAUGCAAGGAGUGAAGAGUUCUAUUCCCUGCCCUUCAAUCUCAACAAGAUUUUUCCAUCAGUGUAAAACAAUUACACAUUCGGUCGCGUUCCCGGUGAAUUUACCUCUCUCAUGUGUAGUUUACGGACUAGUAUUACAUAAGAGCAGAGUUUACCAAUGCACACCGGCAGGUAGUGGCUGCGAGUUUUCGUUGUUAUUCAGAAAGAAAAACUGUUUACAAUUCAAAUUUUUGUACGGAAUAAUAUUUAAUAUAAUAUUACCAAAUAAAA